AUAUCAUGUCCGAAAUCGAAGAAUUAGCAAAAUAGAAACAAUCAUUAGAGGCUUAGCAAACAAUUCUUGAGAAUUGGGUUACUUUAAAGAAAAACUUAUCUUAAAAGUUCAAGAAUCCAUCAGAAGCAUUUAAAGGUUUGGUGAAAGAGAACUCUUAAGAAUUGAACAUAUAAGAUUUUGAUGAUUAUGCUAAAGGUUUAAAUAUGUAAAUUUCGUAUAUAUCAUUAUAGUAAUGAUUUAUUUAAGGAUUAAAAUUUAAAUGAAGAAACAUUUACUAAAAUUUGGGAAUAAUGGGAAUUUAAUUAUAAGGCUAAUCAACAUAAAUUAUAAAUGAUAGAUGAAAAAUUGGAAGUUUUAGUAAUUUUGGAAAAUAAAGAUAUUAAAAUGUUUAAGGGAGAUCCUUAAAAGAAAAAGCUAAUAGUAUCUUAAAUUUAAGGAUGUGAAAAUCUUGAAGAUUUACAUAAAAAGUUAGGUGAAAUGGUUUAAAAUACUACUGAUUAGAAACAAAAAGGUGAAAUAGUUCCAAAUGAAAGUGAUAUAUUUUCUUAAUUUUUGGCAAAAAAAAGUUAAAUUUAAUUUAAUGAAUUGUCAAUUAGUAAAAUGCAAACUAAAUUGUCAGAUAUACCAUAAUAAUAAAUAGAUGAAUCAAAUAGUGCUUAAAAAUAAAAAGUAGAAUAACCAUUAGUAGAGAGUUAAAUUAUAGUAAUUGGUAAAGUGACAUUACCUAAGAAAAGUUACUUAGAUUCUUAACAUAGUAUUAUAAAUAAGAAAGGAAACUAUUCAACUAAUUAAUCAAAAACAUUUAUUUAUGAUUCUAGUAAUAUUAAAAUAUUAUCUCCUAAACCUUCACGUUAAAAGAAUCAAUUUAAAAGUCCAAAUAGCUUCUAACAGCCUUCUAAUUUUGAAGAGAACGAUUAAACAAGAAGAUCAUAGAAAACUAAAAGAUUAAAGGGAGAUUUACAAAAUUAUAUUGGAGAGAUAUUUCAUUGUGAUCAUCAUUUAAAAAAUCCAUAUGAGGUUUAAUAGAAAGGUUUGUAAGGUUUUAAUUGUAAAAAGAACUUAAAGACUGUUUAACAUAGAAUAGAUCUAAGACCAACUGAAUCUAUUGAAUCAUAAAAUAUUCAAAAAAGAGUUUAAAAUAUUAGGUAUAUUUGAAAAUAUUGUCAGAAAUAAAUUAGAUGAGUAUUCUAAUAAAAGAACAAGAAGAUAUUCUCCAUAAAAACCUUAUCCAUCUGGAGGGAUUUUGAAUAAAAAUGAUACUACACCUGAAAAGAGAUAUUCUCAAAGAAGAUCUAGUCCAUAUACCCCUGGAAAUAUUCAUAGAUUAAAUGUCGAUAGAUUAAAAUAGGAAAAAGAAGCAGUAUAAUAAUCGAAUUCAGAUAAAAAACCUUAAUAAGAGUAUUUUAUGUGAUAUUAUAUAUAGGGAAAUUCCAUCAAAAGAGUUUGAUAGAUAAAAAGCUUUUGUUUCAGAUUGA